UCUGCCUUGCGCCGGCAGUUAGUUGCCAUGGCUACACAUCAACACGAGGGCCUCCAUAACCAAGCAGGUUAGUGUGCAGUUAUAAGUAUACUGCAGCUCUGUGAUACAUUAUAGGAACAGCAUCUGGACCCGCAUUAUGGCAGUACAACUGGACGAGGAUCUGUUGCAGGACCUUUACGCAUGGGUAGAUAAAAUACCACUUUCUCGCCCCAAAAAGAACAUCUGUCGGGAUUUCAGUGAUGGAGUGCUUGCUGGCGAAUUGGUGAAGUUUUAUUUUCCAAAAUUAGUAGAAAUGCAUAACUAUGUCCCUGCUAAUUCCACACAACAAAAAGUCAAUAAUUGGAUGCAUCUGAACAGGAAAGUUUUUAAGAAACUGAAUUUCAGCAUUCCUGAUGAUAUAAUUCAGAAAAUUUCCAGAUGUUCCCCUGGUGUAAUUGAGGUUGUCCUCAACACCUUGAGAGAAAAAAUUAAUGUAAAGCAGACGGAGAAUGAACACAAGAUGACAUUUUCAUCUCAGGAGAGAGUUGAUAAUGCUGUAGAAGAUCAUAAAGAUGGAAGAAGUGCACGGCUGAAGACAAAGAACACUCUAACAGGAAAUAACCCACACACCUAUCAAGGAAAUAAACAUUCAUCCCUAAGUAUGAGACAUACAAGUCGAAAGCAUGCAAAGGAUCACCAUAUGGAUAAUUUAUCAUAUGCAGUUAUGGAGAUACAGCAGCAACAAAUUAAUCAUGCACGGCUGAAGACAAAGAACACUCUAACAGGAAAUAACCCACACACCUAUCAAGGAAAUAAACAUUCAUCCCUAAGUCAAAAUGAAGUACCUGUUGUACAAAAAACAGAAUUUGAAGCUCGUAACAACACCAUACAGGAGAAAGAAUCUUUUCUUGUUUAUCAAGAAACCAUUCAGAUACUGCAGGCAAAAGUACAAAGACUUGAACAACUUGUCCAGCUGAAGGAUACACGCAUUGAAGAACUUUCUAAACGUAUACAGCAGAUGGAAAAGAAUCACAUUGUCCACUAAAGAGAAUGCAGGACUUUUGCUCUUCAGCCAUGACAUUGCAAAAAAUUAUUCUCACCAACAUUUGGUGGUUUAUAUAUGCUUUUCUCUGCUAAGUCUCCAAAUAGAGUCCAAGUGAAUUAUUUAUAUUAUUCCCAAGACUUUAUUUUCCAAACCAUUUAUAAUCUCUAGAAUUACUGAUUGAAGAACUCACAAAUGAAUAUGUGCCUUUUUAUGAACAAAUAUUGUAAUGCAUCGCGCCUAAAUGCUGCUCCUCAAUCAAUGAAAGUGGAACCUGUGUUAGAAGCAUCAUAUGUCAUCACAAAUAAAUCAGAAUUGUGUUUUUGUUGUAUUGAAAAAGGCUUUGCAUCACAAUGACAGACAGAGAUUAGAAGAGCUACAAAAUGGCUAAAAAAUGAACAAACAUAAUUUCCAUGGGAGCAAAGCCCCCAGUAUCUCCUCCUAUCUAAUUAUAAUGAACAGUAAACCUAGGCAAAAACCCUUGAUUUCACUUAUCUUUUUAGCUAUUUUUAUAGCUAGUCAGAUCUCAGUUCGUCAGUCAUAAUAAUUUGCGCUAAGAAAGAAGCUUACUUCUAAUGUACUUAAAUAGGUAAUCUAUAGCCUGCUUGCUCCUGAGGAAAUGCUAGAUGUUCAUCACAAGGAUCACUGCAGCAGGAGAUGCGUAACAUGAAUAAAAUAGCAGAAGGCUGUUGUCUGUCACCCAUCUUUACUUUUUUAGCAGUUGGUGGUCUGUGGGAGUAUGAAAAUGUAGACUUUUUUAUACUGUAUCUUCUAGGGGGAUCACAACUAUGAAACAGUGCAUUGUGCAUCUUAUUUCUUUUUGCUCUUUGUUGUGAAUGGUUGCUCCAGUUUGCUUUACAAGUUCAAUGAUAAUUUGUUUGGCCUUGAUCUUUCACAGUAUCGAGUACAAUCUUUUCAUUAUAUUUUGUUAAGGUUUAUAAAUAUAAAAUUGGAUUGUUAACAAUUUUGUACUUAUUUUAAUGUUGUUUGAAUACAGAAUUAACAGCAAGUAUUCUCAAUGACUUCAUAAUCCUCCUGAAGACUUUCAGCUUAAAAAAAAUAUAUUGACAACUGUUGAAUGUUGUGCUACUUUCAGUAAGAAGAUUGUAGCUUGAAAACAAGAAACCUUCAUAAUCUUGAGAAGCAUAAUUAAUCUUCUUCUCUUCUUGUUAAUAUUGGUCAAAAAGCUGAAAUAAAAUUAAACAGCUUUCUAAAUUAAAAUAUGUCAAAGAGACAAAGGCAAAUGGUGAGUCUCUGGACAUAAUGUCUAUAAACAUAAAAUAAUGGGUCCCAUUUUGUUUGGUUUACAAAUCUGUUUUCCUUUGUGAGAUUAUUUUUCCUACAAAUGUUUGAGUGAAAACUUAUUCACCAACUCUGAAAGAGGCAGUCCAUUCAAAAUCCCCUGCACCCUACUAUCACACCCUCAUUAGGAGGAUUCCAGGAAAGGGAGCUGCCGUGUGGCAAGCUGCUUCAUUACCAUUUGUGGCAGCCAGACUGGUGCCUGAGUUUAGAUUGGUCUGGAUUGUACAAAGAUUAUCUAUUGACCCUGGAUACUAGUGCCCAGGCAUCUCAUGUGAGACUUCAGUCUGAUGACAUUGUACAAAACACAGACAAUGGCAGCUUUACAUGAGAAUUAUUUGGGGUUGUCACCAAAGCUUUUGAUCUUGCUGAUCAUGUUCUUCUUAUGGAUAAACCCACAUAAAUUGGCAUUAAUACAGAUGGUGUACCUCAUCUUUCAAAAUUUCGUUUCAGACAGGCACUUAAGACUCAAACUAAGAGCCGCUACUUCAGAUACAAAUCUUUUGAAUAAAAGGUUUCCACAAAAGUUAAUUCUAGUCCCCAUGUUAGUCUUUAUUUUUAUUAACAAACUGCUUUGCCAACUGCCCUAAGUAUCUCUCAACCUGUUGGCAGAUGACAUGCUCAUCCGCAGGUGAAGCCAUUCUCUCUGAGAAGUCCAGUUCCAACUUCGAUCAGACCUACACAUAACCCACCAGUGUCUAAUUAACAGCAGCCUCAUACUUGUUGAUCAAAAUCCAAAAACAUACUCCCUGACUAACCUAUUUCAGGCCUACAAAACUCCACCAUUGAAAACUAUAUCUUUCAAAUACCUCAGCCUUUGGCUGAAUAGGUUACUUCCA